AUGAGCAAUGCAUCAAAAGAUGUGAAAAUUCUCCGAAUUGUUAUUUCAUCUAACAUCAGUGGAACCGUGCUUGCAGAAAAAUCAAUUGAUUGGAAGUAUGUAACAGAACACGUAACAAUUGCAAAAUUAUGCCAAGUUCUCUUACAACUUGCAACAGAAUUCGAUGACGGUACAGUUCAAUUCGCUUGUUUUGAGCCAACAGAUUAUGAUUCCGCAGCUUUGGCCUCUAAAAAUUCAUUAUCAAAUUCAGAAACGAAAUACUUGAACGUUGGAUUGCUUUUACAAGAUGAUAUUAUCACAGCGGUAUUUUAUAAAAUUCAAGCAGAAAAACGCAUUCCAGAACACGCAGAUUACGUUACACAGAUUUCUAAAAGAAUACAUUCAGCAUUUGCUGCUAAACACGUUGAAUUACAUAGAAGCCUCCGUAGUACCCUUGAAAAAAUCGUUCAAGAAAAAGCAACAAUGCCACCAGAUGCAGCAACACAAUUUGCUUCAUUUUCUGAAGAAAUUCCGGCUCUUCUUCACUAA